AAUUUAUGUCAACUAUUAGUAUUCAGCAGUAGGGCACUGCGUAGUGUUUACUGUUAGGUAAUAUUAGGUUCAUUCAGAUGCAUUAUUCAUUAGUGUUUGCGUUUUUGUACUACAAGUAGUAGUUAUACUUCGAGUACAUGACGGCUACAUUUGUUUGUCAACAUCUUCACUUUCACUUAUGUUAUAUUUUCAGUUUUUUGAAAUAAUCUAGAUAUUUGAAUACCGCGUUAAUGUAGACGGAAAUUUUAUUUAAUUAUCAUUAAUCCAUUUAUUCGAGAUUCAGUUAUUUGAAUAAACAAGAUUUAAGUCAAUAUGGCUGAAGCUCACUCAGCUGUAGCAUUUUCAUUUUCAAUUACCCAUGAAGGAUGGGAUGUUAAUGUUGAUCGUGAAGUACUUAAUCUUGUUUGGGCUUCUGGUAUUCGGUCAUGGAAGAAGCGUUUAGCUAGAUUUAAAAAUAGCGUGCGUAAUGGAAUUUUCCCUGCUCCAUUACAAAGUCUUUGGGCAAUGAUGGGAAUUGUGUUUAGUCUUCGUUAUAUAAAUAAUACAUUUGAAAAAUAUACUGAUGUCAUACUUUCAUUCUUACCUGCGCAUACAUUUUUAUGGAAAAUUGUUUCAUACUUUGUAUUGUCAUUACUUAUUUGGUUAAUUAUAAUCUACAUUAUUCGAUAUACUCUUAAACUUUUAUUUAUGUACAAAGGUUGGAUGUAUGAAAAUAGAGGAAGUAAACAGGUGUCAUUACCAACUCGCCUUUGGGCUUUAUCUGUUAAAUUACUUUCUACUUCUAGUAAACCAUUACUGUAUAGUUAUCAAGGUUCAUUGCCAAAACUUCCUUUGCCACCAGUCAAUGAUACUAUGAAAAGAUAUUUAAAAAGUGUUCGACCUUUAUUAAAUGAUUCAGAAUAUGAAAGCAUGGUAAAAUUAGCAAAUGAAUUUGAAAAUGGUAUUGCUGUUAAGCUGCAGCGUUAUUUAUGCCUAAAAUCUUGGUGGUCUAGCAAUUAUGUAUCAGAUUGGUGGGAAGAGUAUGUCUAUUUAAGAAGUCGAACCCCACUUAUAGUUAAUUCAAAUUUUUAUGGUAUUGAUGCUAUUAAAAUACAUGCUACUAAUGUGCAAGCUGCUCGUGCUGCCAUGAUUAUUUGGCAGUGCUUACAGUAUAGAAGACUUAUUGAACGUCAAGAACUUGAACCGAUAAGAAUUCAAGGACUAGUUCCUUUAUGCUCUUGGCAGUAUGAAAGGAUAUUUAACACUACACGCGUGCCAGGUGUUGUAAGUGACAAAAUUAUUCAUUAUAAUGAUAGUAGACAUGUUGUUGUUUAUCAUGCUGGAAGAUAUUUUAAAGUUAUCAUUUAUCAUCAGAAUCGUAUACUUCAACCUUGUGAAAUUGAAGUACAAAUUCAAUCUAUCCUUGAUAACAAUGAAAAACCAUACAUAGGAGAAGAAAAAGUAGCUGCUCUAACUGCUGCAGAUCGUUCAGCUUGGGCAAAUGCUCGAACUGAAUUUUUUUUCAAAGGCAUUAACCGACAAAGUUUAGAUGCUAUUGAAAAAUCUGCAUUUGUAGUUGCACUAGAUGAUGUUCCAUAUGACUAUGACCCUUAUGACUCAAAAAAAUUGGAUGAAUAUGGAAGAAUUUUAAUGACAGGCAAAGGUUAUGACCGUUGGUUUGAUAAAUCAUUUACUCUUUGUAUUGGUUCAAAUGGAAGAGUUGGUUUUAAUGCUGAACAUUCAUGGGCUGAUGCAGCUGUAAUGUCUCAUCUAUGGGAGUUCAUAAUUUUUGACGAAGCUGCAAAAUCUGGGGCAGAUGCUCCAGUCAUGGGUCAUUUGUGGGAAUAUUUUCUUUGCGGAGAUUUAAUUGUAGGAUAUCAAGAAAAUGGACAUACUAAGGGAGUUCCUGAGUUUGAACCUCCAAAACCCAUAAGACUUCAUUGGAAUUUAAAUCCAGCUUUAGAUGUUAUAGAAAAAUCUUAUCAAGUAGCUUUGGAAUUAAUUAAUGAUAUUGAUUUACGAAUAUUAGCAUUUUCUGAUUUUGGAAAAGGCUUUAUGAAAACAGCAAAAGUCAGCCCUGAUGCUUUUAUUCAAAUGGCUCUUCAGUUAGCUUAUUAUAGAGAUGCUGGAAAAUUCAGUCUUACAUAUGAAGCUUCUAUGACAAGAUUGUAUAGGGAAGGUAGAACUGAAACUGUCAGACCGUGCACACUUGAAUCAAAAAAAUGGGUUGAAUCCAUGUUAAACUCUAAUGCUUCUUUAAACGAUCGUAUUGAACUACUGAAAAAAGCAUGCGCUAUUCAUCAACGAGGAUACCAAGAUGCCAUGUGCGGAAAAGGCAUUGAUAGGCAUCUAUUCUGUUUGUAUGUGGUUUCAAAAUACCUUGAAGUAGAAUCACCAUUUUUAAAUAAAGUUCUAAGUGAGCCUUGGCGUUUAUCUACAUCACAAACACCACAUGGUCAAACUAAUCAGUUUGAUUUGAAAAAAUUCCCUAAUUGUAUUUCAGCUGGAGGUGGAUUUGGUCCUGUAGCUGAUGAUGGGUAUGGUGUUAGCUACAUUAUUGCAGGAGAAAACUUAAUUUUUUUUCAUAUAUCUAGCAAAAAAAGUUCACCUCAUACAGAUUCUAAUCGAUUUUCUAUUCAUAUCAGUAAAGCUCUCAAUGACAUGAGAUCACUAGUGAUUGAUUGGGAAAAAAAUUUUUUAAAUAGUAAUAACUGAUAUGACUGGAGCGAAAAUAUUACUUCUAAUAUGUUUUGGUUUUUUUGUGCUCUAGAAGAAAGAUUUUUGAUGAUUAGAUUAUACAUAUUCGUUAUUGUAUUAUUAACAUAAUUAUUACUAAUAAGUAUUACUUAUGUAUUAUCACAAAAAAACGUUAAGUAUUUCAUUUUUAUUUAAAAAUGACUCAUUAAAGUUAUGUUUUAAUUAUUGUUUUUAUUUUGGUGGUAUUGAUUAUUUAAUGUUUUUAUCCAAAAUGUUAUUUUGUUUAGUUAUCUAUUAAAAUAUAUAUGUAGUAAAAAAGAAUUUCAAACAAAUUUAGUAUUAAAUUCUUCAGUAUUUUUUAUUUUUUUUUGUUAAAAAUUAAUCUAAUGUGAUUUCAAAUUAUAUUAGUAAAAUUAUGGUAUAAAUCAAAAUUUAGUAAUCAGAAUAAGUAUUAUGUUAAUAACUUGAUGGU